UACAACAUCUGUCCCCUGCAGCAUGCUGUUCUCAGCAUCCACCGACAAAACCGUGGCCGUGUGGGACAGCGAGACGGGCGAGAGGGUGAAGAGGCUCAAGGGCCACACGUCCUUUGUCAACUCCUGCUACCCGGCCAGGAGGGGACCCCAGCUCGUCUGCACCGGCAGCGACGACGGCACCGUCAAGCUGUGGGAUAUCAGGAAAAAAGCUGCAGUCCAGACAUUCCAGAACACCUACCAGGUGCUGGCUGUCACCUUCAAUGACACCAGUGACCAGAUCAUCUCUGGGGGCAUCGACAAUGACAUCAAGGUGUGGGACCUGCGGCAGAACAAGCUCACCUACACCAUGCGCGGCCACGCCGACUCGGUGACGGGGCUGAGCCUCAGCUCUGAGGGCUCCUACCUGCUCUCCAACGCCAUGGACAACACAGUUCGGAUCUGGGACGUGAGGCCCUUCGCCCCCAAGGAGAGAUGUGUGAAGAUUUUCCAGGGAAAUGUCCAUAAUUUUGAAAAGAACCUUCUGAGGUGCUCCUGGUCCCCAGAUGGCAGUAAAAUUGCGGGGGGCUCUGCUGACAGGUUCGUGUACGUGUGGGACACCACGUCCAGGAGGAUCCUGUACAAACUGCCCGGCCACGCCGGCUCCGUCAACGAGCUGGCCUUCCACCCCGAGGAGCCCAUCAGUGAGUGCUGCCUGUCCCCUUCUCUCCCCUUCCUU